UCUGCGCGUUCUGUAAUAAAAUAUUACUUAAUUUCGUUAAGUAAAACAAAGAACACAUCAUGAUUGUACCAACCAUAAUUAUUGGCGAAAGAGCCUCUACCUGGCUGUCUGAUCAAUACCGCAAAUCGCAGUCGCAAAAGAUUUUAAAAGAAGAUAUAAUGGAGUAAUUGUAGGAUUUAAACGGCUCGUCAAAGAGCACAAGUUUCUCUAAUUGCACUAAUGAUGCCCUGUGCGUUUUCGCGACGCAACGCGACACAACAGCUGGGGGAAACCAUGCGGCUGCCGUUCCCGGUAUAACGCGAACGUGAACGGAACGGAAGACAGAUGAAUCAGUCGCGCUGCGCUGCUUCAAGAUCAGUCGUAGACCGCAGAGCGUCACGCGUGCUACUGCUUUCCGCAUCGGACGGUCCGUUCUGAAUAGCUCGUCUAUUCUGAAGGGAUAAAGAGUGUGCCUUAAAAUAUCUGGUGCCUUAAUUCACAGCGAAGUGACAAAAAAUAUACAAGUCGGAAGUAAACUUGAUUACGCGCAAAACGGUGAUUCUUCAGUUGGUGCUUCGAAAGUUGAUAAUCCAGUUUCGGCAAAAUGAGUACAGUGAAGAAAGCGGACGGUGAUGAGAUAUUGUACUUAGACGAGAUCCACGAUGAGGUAUCCAGGCCUUUGACGUCCAACGACGUGGAGGCAGUUCCAGCCGUCCAUUCCAUUCCAGCAAUCGGCCUGCGCGCUGGCUUCUCAACGGAAGCCGACGAGGACAAAUCAGUCUCCAAAUCGGAAAUCGACGACGGUAACGAUGAAAACCUGAAUGGACAGCCAUUGUCAGCAAUCGGUUUCAACAGGUCUCUGGCGGAGACGGAAUCGCACCCAGAUUGGCCGAAUAACGCGUUCCCGCCUGCACCGUCAACCGUGCAGCUCGCCACACCAGAUGUAAACGUCUACCAGCACAAGAAGACCCUGGCCCAGGGCAUGAUGGACUUGGCGCUACUGUCUGCCAACGCUAAUCAAAUGCGCUAUGUUCUGCAGACAGAUGGUAGGCAUCCGUACUUCUACCCUUCGCUGGUCAUGAUCAGCAUGAGCCUGUUCCUGCAAAUCGCCGUAGGCAUUGGUCUAAUAUGGAAUAGUGUCUAUAAUGUCAAGAAGCAUGAGCAGAUGUGCAAGGCGAACAAAGCUAAUAACUGGACCGUAAUAGGCAUUUUUCUUGUUACGAUACUAAAUGUCUUUAUCUCGUCGUUUGGCGUCGUCGAUCAAAUACAACCAAGUGUUACGACGUAAUAGAUCGUUACUCUUUGUUGCUACUAUCUCUUUCUUUGUUUCCGCCUCGACAUUCUCUCGAUAAUACGCAAGGCCUAUGCAAUCGCAAAUCGUGUUUUUAGUUACAUGCAAUAUUAAAUACGCGUGAAAUGUUUUUGUUAUUUUUUAUUAUAUACUAGUGCUAAUUUAAUCAUCAAUUUAAUAAUUAAAUUUAAUAAUUAAACAUUGAGAGAGUUUUGAGGCUUCUGACGAACUCUUGUGCGGCCAAAUUACAUUACGGAAAUCAGAAG